AUGUGGGAUUUUACACUUAGGAGUGUAGGAUUUCACAUUUUAGGGUAUUUUUUCCUUGGUAAAAGAAGAAAACGUCACAGAAGAGCUCAUCAAGUAUCCGGUCCUCCUUCUUUAGGAGAACUCCUUGCUCAUGUGGACGAUCAGGCAGAUGGUCCACAUGAAUAUACCUUAGUAAAGGAACGCAGGCAACCAAGAUCUGCUCCAACAAAAACGAAGCAGCCGAAAGAACUGGUUCCUGGUCGUAGUGGUGUACGUCGUCGCAUGAUUAUUGAUAUUCAUUUAGAAGUCUUAGACGAAUGUCAAAAAGGGGACACCGAACUGAUUCAGGAGGAUUAUUUCAAAAUUUUGGUUCAAGAAUUUAUGGGAAGUGAAUUCAUAAAAGGAGAAUAUGUUCCUGAGGAAGAUGUUCCUAAGGAACAGGUUCCAAGUUUAGAUUCCAGGUUUAGGGAAGGGAGACCUUGUUCCAAAGGAAGAGGAAGGUGUUCCUGUGGAAGAUGUUCUUAUGGAACAGGUUCCAAGUUCAGAUUCCGGGUUCAGGCUAAAAUAUGGGAUGACAUGAAGACAAUAUUUACUAAUCUUAUGAAUACUCUUUGGGGUGAGCAACCCGGAAUAAGAGAUCUAUGCAAGGACGGAAUGGAUGCCGAGGAGAAUGAUAUUGCUCAAUGGGGCGAUGCAGAAAAGGAGUUAUGCAAAGCUAUGAUGAAAGUUGUACUAUACACUAAUGGAUUAACGCAAGAUUUAGCAGUAAGGAGGAAAGUCGAUGGUGAGGAUAUAGUAGACACUUACUUUAGGUGUUUAGUGGGGAAUGCAGUUUUAGUAGAAUUGUAUGGAAGUAAUUGUCGAUUUGAUAAGGUACUCCCAUAUGUGUCAGGAAUAGUAGGGGCAACGGUGCAGCAGUUGCAUGGGAAGGAAAUGACGGAUGAAAAGUGUAGUGCAUUUAAUCGUCAAGAUGCACAAAUAGGGGGAAAACUUAUUAGUAAGACUAUAAGCGACUGGAUAAACGACGGAAAGUGGAAAGACCAAGCGAAAAUACGGAAUUAUAACGCAAUAGAAACACAGGGGAAAAAUUGUACCCAAGAUGCGACAAGUGGAAAAGGCAGGAAGGGAACAGGAGAGGAGGAUAACAAUAAGGAACGGAAGGACAUAGAAGAAAAAGUAAGCGAAAUAAAGGAAAUAAUAGAUAAAGGCGAAACAGUAUCCCAGACAGGUGCAAACCAAGUAAUGGAAAAAAUGAAUCCGAAUGAUAGUGAGGAUGACAUGAAGAGGAAACUGAAAAAAGGAAUUGAAAAUAAAGUACAGGAAGAGAAGGAAGCAGCUGACUCCAUGGAAAGUGACAUUAAGAGUGUGGCCACAUGUAUGUUUGCUUCUAUAUCUACAAAUAGCACAAAAAUGCAAAGUUACUGUACUGCUGGACAUACAGAAACAGAUAGUAGAAGAGUCACGGACCCAGAAAAGAAAGCAUGUCACUAUAUUACUGCAGGAUUAAAGCAUAUUUAUGAAAUUAAAGCAGAUGAAGGGAAGAAUGCACCCGAGGAGAAAAAGAAAGCAGAAGACGAUCGCUUAUUUAAGCAAACAAUGUUAUGCUUAGUUUUGAACGCCUUUGCAGAUGAGUUGCGGGAGAAGGUUAAAUCCCCCUGUGAGGUCAGUGACGAAACAAUAAAACAAGCAUUUGAUAAAGGGAAUGGGGAACGUGUGAAAUGGUGUAAGCAUAAGGUGAAUGGUAAGAGUGAGUGUGUUCAAUGUGAUAGGUAUGGGGAUUAUGCAAAUUGUACAAUAGGCGGUACUAAAGAAACAGAUAAAGUAGGGCAAAAGUUGCAUGAAUUGUUCAAGAGUAACAGCAAAAAAGAACAAUUAGAUCAAGGUCUAAGUUCUACAUUUAAGUCCUUAUGUGAUCGCACCCAAUGUGUAAUAACACAAUGGACCAGGGACAAAAGAAUAGAGAGGAACAAAACGAAGGGCGAACCGAAGCGCGAAGAUAUUUGGGAGGUUUUGAAAGGAUUCAUAUUAAACAUUGCUGUCUAA